AUGGUUGUUAAAUCUGGGAGCAGCAAUCAAUCAGGUAGGAGGAGAAUUUGGGGAGACUCCAUUAUUAAUGGAAGCUUCGACCUGCUCAGAAAAAAAGGUGCACUGAUUUCAGAUGUUACAUCUGAUAAAAGUACCUGUUUUCACCAAGUAGUAGAUUGUAGCCGGGAACUUACAAACGACUCCAAAAUUAUCGUCCGAGAACUGAUUGGUGGAGGCGGAAAUAUCAACCAGCCCAACAUUCAUGGUUUUUCACCUCUGUACUCUGCCUCUAUGACGCAAAAGCUCAAACAUGUCGAGUUCCUUCUUGAGCUUGGUGCCGAUGUCAACCUGAUUGGAUCUGAAGAAAAUGGUACUGCUCUAAUGGAAGCUUGUGGUAAGGAAGAUAGUCGAAUCGCCGAAGUGCUCUUGCAACAUAAUGCCGAUACCACAAUAGCGAGUCAUCAUGGAUUGACCGCCCUGACAUUAGCCGUUCUUUAUGACCGUGUGGAAAAUGUCAAGCUACUCGUAAAAAAUGGUGCGAACGCCAUAAUUCGUACUAACGAAGGAAAAACACCUGUUCAAGUCGCUAUUAAUAUAAAUAGAAACGUUGAAACUGCGAUCGAAGUCUUAGCUGCACAAGAAUACUACCCCCAAGAUCCAUCACAAAAAUUCCAUUAUAUGGAGCGCGCUGCCGAUGUUCCGGAACUUAAGACUGAACUGCUGAAGGGCUUCGAAAGCGGUAAAUAUAAGACACUCGAGCAGCUUCACAUCCUCAUGUAUUGGGCAGUGUCUAAUGGUGCUAUCAAACUGGCUGCUAAGUGUAUUGAUCACGAUCAGCAAGUACUUCAAUGGACCCGAGAAGGGGCUAGUUGGUUUCACAUAGCCUCCAAAAGCGGUAAGCUUGAAGUCACGCGGCUUCUACUUGAUAGAAUGACGAAUCAACAAGACAAGCCAGAUCGACCAGAGGGAUGGGCUAAAGUUAAGUUUAUCCUACAGCAAAAUAGUCUGGGCGACUCACCUUUGACUAUAUGUAUUGAUCGAGGGCAUCAUCAACUGGAGGAGGAGUAUUGGUCUAAAAUUAGACAACUUCACACCUCUGGCAACAGUUUCGUAGACUCAUAUCCAGCUGUUGCAGAUCGGAUCCUCGAGUUACUAGCAAUAUACGAAAAGCCUGGGCAUGAAACCAUCUUGGGAGAAUUUCUACACAAGGAAGGUGUCCAAAAUUCAGAACACUUUACAACUCUCCAUUGGGCAGUCUAUGGAUCUCAAGCCGUUGUGGUGUGGUGGUUAUUGUCAAAGAAUGGAUACUCUCCCGAUGACGUAAAGAGCGCCUUAAAACUUGUACCAGACACACGUGAAUCCCCUGAUAUCCAAUAUCACGUUCAGAAAUUACUCCUGAACCCACCACCGGCUCUUGAUCAUGUUGCAAACCCGAAAAAAAAUCACAUACAUAGAUCUUCAAAAAAUGGAGACAAGAUCUAUGAUUUAGGGAGCAUUGUAGACAUUAUUUCUGGCGGUCAAACUAUUAAAAUUCCAUACGCUAAGCCCAGUGUUUACGAUAUAAUUUAUGGAGAGGGUCCAGAGACUACAAUGAGGAAAGUCAGAAAAGAUUUGCGCCAAAGGGACUUAGAUUCAUUGAAGAAGGCUUUGAGACAGACUCGUAAUGAGCAAGGCAAGAGAAUCUACGUUUCUUGUUCAGACGGUACUGGAGCUCGGUGCUCUAGUUCUCUGAUGGAUUCCCCAUCAUCUGAGCAUGACAAAUAUGACAAUGAAGAACCUUCGGGUGACACUCCCCGUGACCUCCGUCUUCGUUGGAUUCAUCUCCAAGUCAAUCAGCGCAAGCAGGAAAAUGAUACCAAAAAUUUGGCCGAGGAUAAAUCUGUCACCACUGCAAACCACAUAGAUUUUGUCAGAUCUACCGAAGAACGCAGCUCGAGAGAAGUUACACAUGAGCCCAUAACCCUUGACCAGUAUUACUACCCAACUAUUCUCAAUACCUCUGCUAGAGACAAUGAUCAGGUACUGUCAAAAUUCUUACAGAGUAAACGCAAACAACCUGAAGGCGUUAAGCAACUUGGCCGACAAAGAAAUUCCCUGUUCAGAGAUUUCCUUCGGGGUCUACAAGAAGCAGAAAAACAAAAGGGACAACUUCCGGAUAAGGAGGUCGACCCCAAUUCGCUAGCGACUAGACCGGCAUCUUUAAAUCGAUAUCAUGUUAUCUCAUCUGAGACCGAACUUCUUGACAUGAUACGAGAUAUUCGUGAUGAACUUCAUAUGCUAAGUUCUUUAGCGGAGGAUCAAGAAUUUGUUUGGAAGCAGGCUUUUGCGACCAAUGAUUUGAUGAACUUAAACGUUCACACGCCUACCGAUAUUAAAAAGGAUCUAGAAAAAAUUCUCUCUGAAGCUGACAAAACCGAAAACUAUAUCAACAACCUUCUCGAUUUGCGACAGGCGGAAUUCGGUCGAUUACAAGCUUACGACUCCGCGAAACAAUCCAACAUUAUCUUUAUCUUCACUAUCAUCACUAUUAUUCUUCUUCCUCUAUCAUUUCUCACGUCUCUCUUCGCACUAGACGUAUCUGACUUUCCCCAUGAAUCUGGAAGCGUAAAGUACAAAGCAUGGUGGUUAUUCCCCGUUCUCUUUGGUGCGACGGCACUUGUCUCCAUCCCGAAUGUUAUUUUGGCAUGGAAUGUAGACGCUCUUUCGGGAAAGUUUCGACCGCGAAAUAAUAUUGCCAGUAAAGCUAGCGAAACAUCAACGGGUAUGCAGGUAUAUAGGUACACCCGUGGCCACAAUCAACCGACAAUUGCAGGAAAGAAAGACUCUUACCGCUAUGGCGUCAUUACCAAUCAACCGUUUUCAAAUGCCAAAUUUUCCGCUGUAGGACGAGAAGUCUCAUUCCUCAGCGGAAAUCGGCACCACGCAUUCAUCACUGCCAAGAACCGCAAGAAUCCAAACCAAAAUUUAAUUCGUCAGAUUCAGCCAAGUCCACCACAAAAGACAACCCCGCCACCAAACAAAGGCUCAGCACGUAGGACACGUGGUCACAUGAUGCAUUAUCAUCCAAUGAACUCUCGUCCCCUUCUUUCCUUACAACUUUCCACUCCGUUUCCGAGCGGUUUCCGAGCGGAUUGUCUGAGGCGGGGAGGGCCAAGCCAAAUCAAGUUAAACACGACCUAA